CAGUCGUGCCGAGCAUGAUAUUACAGACUUUACUCGAACGGAAUUAACCGGGACCGUAUUUUGCUCCGACGGGAACUGGACAUUACCCCAAAGUAACUAUUAUAGAACCGCAUCAGGGAUCAGCGCCGAGAAAUAUUGACUGUCAGGUACGAGCAUCCGGGGCAGUGCUUCCAAUUUUUUCCCGAAAUGUCAAUAGAUUUAAUUACCUCUCUAUUUACUGUUUGCUCCGAAUCUUAUCGUUCCUCGUCAUGUGGAGAUAGGUGCUAUCUUUCCCUAAUAUUAGGAAGAGGUUAUUUUCUGUGCUUUCGGGAAAAGUUUGCCGGCUCUCGCCGGCUGAGGACGAUGGAGACUGUGUCCCAGUGAGGUUCUGGUUUCCAGCUGUGAGGGAGGACUCGCCUCUCCAGCUCUCUCGCCGUCUACUUGAUGUUAAUGUGUUAAAUUAUCAUUGGGAGAGAUUUCUCCGUCGCGGGAGCAUCACGGCGUCCAACCUACUCAUUCCCCAGAGACAAGACUCAGUCUUGUCCACCGGUUCUGGACUCUUAAGUACCAGCGUGGACAUUCCUUCAAGAGAUCGUUGAAGCAGCUGCCAGUUCUGAGUCGGAGCUUUGCAGGGGAAAUGACGGGGACCGCGGAACCGGCUUUAACAAGGCAGAGCCUCUUCAACGGGUGCAUGACCCUCCUGCCUUGAUACCGGGGAAAGAAGGAGUGACUGGACUCAGGGUGGGACAAGGCGACCGGUCGGGUCUGGAGGUUGGAACAGGCGCAUGCAGGACUGUGUGUGCCGGUGCGAGGGGUGAGGCCGGUUAAGGGACGACCCCCGCGGGGGUAAGUAGCUGGAGCCGGGAUGCGGAGCGGUGGCGACAAGGAUCUACACACGGGGUCCUGCUGUGGCUGAGUCCCGCAAGUGUUUCAUUUAAAAGCCCCACACUCCCACUGGCCAUCCCAGAAACUUCUCAGCAACGGGUCGAGCCACACUGGACACAGAAACUCCCAGCUCCGUUCCACAGCCCUUCGCCUACCUCUCCACAACGCGAAGAUAUCUCCAGGAACAUGUUGAAGAACAAAUGAAAGUUCACAAGUCGCCCGAAACUUCUGUGGAUGAAAACCUUGGGGAGAAACUGCUGGGGACUAGGUUUAUGAGAACCAGCUGAUGCGUUCGAAGGAUGUAACUGAAUUCCAGUGUCUGGAUCUCAUUCAGCCUCCUCUGUGAGCUUUGUGAUCCGUGUGCAGCCCAACUAUGAAGAAGCUAGAUAGGUGCCUCCAACUGCCUCUCACUCUCCUGCACUUCCUACUGCAGACGGUCCUCCCUGCCUCCAGCAGCUCAGCUGUUGGGAAGAAGGAAAUCACCAUCGAAGGAGACCUGGUAAUUGGGGGUUUGUUCCCAGUUCAUGAGAAGGGCAAUGGUUUGGAAGACUGUGGAAGGAUCAACGAGCAGCGCGGAAUCCAGCGGCUUGAGGCAAUGCUCUUCGCAUUGGAUGCGAUAAACAAGGAUGCUUCCAUUUUGCCGGGGAUUAAGUUGGGUGCCCACAUCUUGGAUACCUGCUCCAAGGACACCUACGCUUUGGAGCAGUCGCUAGAAUUUGUGAGGUCCUCGCUAACUAAAGUAGACGAGACAGAGUACAUCUGUCCGGAUGGGUCUUACGCAAUUCACGAUGACAUGACCUUCGCCAUUGCAGGGGUUAUCGGCGGCUCUUACAGCGACGUAUCCAUUCAGGUGGCCAACUUACUUCGCCUGUUCCAGAUCCCUCAGAUCAGCUAUGCUUCCACCAGUGCCAAGUUGAGUGACAAGACUCGGUAUGACUACUUUGCCCGGACCGUACCUCCUGAUUUCUACCAGGCCAAAGCCAUGUCUGACAUCCUGCGCUUCUUUAACUGGACCUAUGUCUCCACCGUGGCAUCCGAGGGUGACUAUGGCGAGACUGGCAUUGAGGCCUUUGAGCAGGAGGCUCGCUUUCGCAACAUCUGCAUUGCCACCUCCGAGAAGGUUGGCCGGUCGAUGAACCAGAAGUCAUACAACGGUGUCAUCAAGGCCCUGAUGCAAAAGCCCAACGCCAAGGUUGUGGUCCUAUUCACCAAGAGUGAGGACGCUCGGGAACUGCUGGCUGCCGCCCACAGGCUUAAUGUGUCCUACCUGUGGGUGGCUAGUGACGGCUGGGGAGCACUGGAAAAUGUGGUCCGAGGAAAUGAGGAGGCCGCCAAGGGAGCCAUCACCAUCGAGCUGGCAGCUUACCCCAUCAAGGAGUUUGCAACCUAUUUCGUCAACCUCACCCCAUACAAUAACAGCCGGAAUUCCUGGUUUUGGGAGUUCUGGGAACAGAAGUUCCACUGCAGCUUACGGACACUGGCUUGCGGGAGGAACUCUCUGAAGAAGGCAAAGUUUGAGCAGGAGUCGAAGAUCAUGUUCGUGCUGAACGCGGUGUAUGCCAUGGCUCAUGCCUUGCACAACAUGCAGAGGGCCCUCUGCCCCAACACCACCAGCAUCUGCGAGAAGAUGAGGCCCAUGAACGGGAAGAAGUUCUACAAGGAUUAUAUCAUCAAAGUCCAGUUUGAUGCUCCAUUCAGACCCCACGACACCCACAGUGAAAUCCGAUUCGACGCGUAUGGAGACGGAAUUGGCCGCUACAACAUCUUCAAUUUCCAGAACAGAGGCGGGCGGUACACCUACCAGAAAGUUGGCUACUGGGAUGAAGGCCUGACACUGAACACCGGCCUGAUCCCCUGGGCAAAUGCGUCCAUUCCAACCUCCCAAUGCAGCGACCCCUGCGCCAAGAACGAAGCGAAGAGCAUGCAGCCAGGUGAUGUCUGCUGCUGGCUGUGCAUUGCCUGCCACCCCUAUGAGUACCUCUACGAUGAGUUCACGUGUGUGGACUGCGGGCCCGGUCGCUGGCCCACCGAGGACCUCAGUUCCUGCUAUGACCUUCCCGAGGAGUACAUCAAAUGGGAGGAUGCCUGGGCCAUUGGCCCCCUCACCAUCUCCUGCCUGGGCUUCGCUUGUACCAUUGCGGUCUUCGUGAUCUUCAUCAAAAACAACGACACACCUGUGGUGAAGGCGUCGGGCCGGGAGCUCUGUUACAUCCUCCUCUUUGGGGUCCUCAUGUGCUACAGCAUGACACUGGUCUUCAUCGCCAAGCCCUCGACGGCUGUCUGCACCCUGCGUCGCUUGGGGCUCGGAUCCUCCUUUGCGGUCUGCUACUCGGCUCUGCUAACCAAGACCAACCGCAUUGCAAGGAUCUUCAAUGGUGUAAAGGACGGGACGCAGAGGCCGCGCUGUAUCAAUCCCAGCUCGCAGGUGGCCAUCUGCCUGGGCCUCAUUUCCUGCCAGCUGGUUGUGGUUACUGUCUGGCUGCUGCUGGAAGUACCUGGCACCAGGAAGGAGACCACACCUGACAAGAGGGAUGUUGUGACCCUCAAGUGCAACACCAAGGAGUCCAGCAUGCUGACCUCCCUGACCUACACUGUCAUCCUCAUCGUGCUCUGCACCGUGUAUGCAUUCAAAACCAGGAAGUGUCCUGAGAACUUCAACGAGGCCAAGUUCAUCGGGUUCACCAUGUACACCACCUGCAUCAUCUGGCUGGCCUUCUUGCCAAUCUUCUAUGUCACCUCCAGUGACUACAGGGUCCAGACCACCACCAUGUGCAUCUCUGUCAGUCUGAGUGGCUCCGUUGUGUUAGGCUGCCUGUUUGCUCCCAAGAUCCAUAUUAUCCUCUUCCAGCCCCAGAAAAACGUGGUCACUCACCGGGUGGCAACCAGUCGUUUCAGCGUGACUGGCCCAGGAACCAUCCACUCCCAUGUUUCUGCUGUCCACUACGUACCGACUGUGUGCAAUGGGCGAGAGAUCGUAGACUCCACAACAUCAUCGCUAUGAGGAUCAAAAUCAGCACCUAAUCUCCACCGCUGCACGUUCCCUGACUCUUCCUCCCUCACGUUCCUGUUCCACCCUCCAGUCACACACAGCUCCUCCCUCCAACUCCUCCAGAACAGGGUAAAAACUAUGUGUGUGACAAAACUGGAUAUUAUGUUCAAUGUAUAAAAAGUUUUUAAUAAGUAGAUAACUUGUGAGUUAGUCUGUGUUGCUGUAAUUAAUGUAAAU